CACAAGCUCUGAAACAAAACAGCACUUCACUUCGGGAUCUGGGCAAGAUCAGAGCUCGCUGCUCGCUCCCUCUCUCUCCCUCCCUCGGAUCUCGCAGCUUUCAGACUCUCUCUCUUUCUUCCCAUGCUGGGGAGAACUCGCAGGGUAAAACUGACAGAGGCUGUGGCUUUGUCAGAGGCUUGCUGGCUUGCUUGUUUUCUCCAGAGACAAGGGGGGUAUUUCCUAGCCAUCCUUUCCAACCUGUUCAUGUUGUGAUCCGCAGCAGCAGCACCACAAAAAGUUGUUGGGAGCACCGAGGAUGGGACUUCAUUUACAACCCUUCGCUUUGCACUUUCUGGCUUUGACUUUUCCCUUAGUGGCGCUGGGUUUCUCUGAUGAAACCUUAGAGAAAGCCACGAAAUCAGAAGGCUAUUGCAGCCGGAUUCUGCGAGCCCAAGGCACCAGAAGAGAGGGAUAUAAUGAAUUUAGCCUGAGAGUAGAAGGCGAUCCUGAAUUUUACAAGCCUGGAAACAAUUACAGGGUAACCCUUUCUGCUGCCACUCCAGCCUACUUCCGUGGAUUCACACUGAUUGCUCUGAAGGAGGGCAAAGAGGGAGACAAAGAAGAAGAUCAUGCAGGAACCUUUCAGAUUAUAGAUGAAGAAGAAACACAAUUCAUGAGUAAUUGUCCUGUUGCUGUUACCGAGAGUACGCCAAGAAGACGGACACGCAUUCAUGUUUUCUGGACAGCGCCUCCUGUUGGUACAGGCUGUGUAAUUCUGAAGGCCAGUAUUGUGCAGAAGCGAAUUAUUUAUUUUCAAGAUGAGGGCUCUCUUACCAAGAAACUAUGUGAACAAGACUCAACCUUUGAGGGGGUGACUGAUAAACCAAUCUUAGACUGUUGUGCCUGUGGAACUGCUAAAUACAGGCUAACUUUUUAUGGAAACUGGUCAGAGAAGAUGCAUCCAAAAGAUUAUCCACGACGAGCUAAUCAUUGGUCGGCAAUCAUUGGUGGUUCUCACUCCAAGAACUAUGUCCUUUGGGAAUAUGGAGGAUAUGCUAGUGAAGGUGUUAAACAAGUUGCAGAGUUGGGGUCUCCAGUAAAAAUGGAAGAAGAAAUUCGACAACAGAGCGAUGAGGUUUUAACUGUCAUCAAGGCGAAAGCACAGUGGCCUGCCUGGCAACCGCUAAACGUGAGAGCUGCUCCCUCUGCUGAAUUUUCUGUGGACAGGACUCGUCACCUGAUGUCUUUCCUUACCAUGCUAGGCCCCAGUCCUGACUGGAAUGUAGGCCUGUCAGCUGAAGAUCUUUGUACCAAGGAUUGUGGCUGGGUUCAGAAAGUCGUUCAGGAUCUGAUACCAUGGGAUGCUGGUACCGACAGUGGGGUUACCUAUGAGUCACCCAACAAGCCUACAAUUCCUCAAGAGAAGAUAAGACCACUAACGAGCCUUGAUCACCCUCAGAGUCCCUUUUAUGAUCCAGAAGGAGGGUCUAUAGCAGUGGUGGCCAGAGUUGUCAUUGAGAGAAUUGCACGAAAGGGAGAACAAUGCAAUAUCAUCCCUGAUAAUGUAGAUGACAUUGUAGCAGAUCUUGUUCCAGAAGAGAAAGAAGAAGAUGACACCCCUGAGACUUGCAUUUACUCAAACUGGUCCCCAUGGUCAGCCUGCAGCUCCUCCACUUGUGAUAAGGGCAAGAGGAUGAGGCAGAGAAUGCUUAAAGCCCAGCUGGACCUCAGUGUGCCUUGUCCCGAUACCCAGGAUUUUCAGCCAUGUAUGGGUCCAGGCUGUAGUGAUGAAGAUGGUUCCACUUGCAUGAUGUCUGAAUGGAUUACAUGGUCCCCCUGUACUGUUUCCUGUGGAAUGGGAAUGCGAUCUAGAGAGAGAUAUGUGAAACAAUUUCCUGACGACGGCUCGAUGUGCAAAGUACCAACUGAAGAAACUGAGAAAUGUAUUGUAAAUGAGGAGUGUUCUCCUAGUAGUUGCCUCGUGACAGAAUGGGCAGAGUGGAAUGAAUGCAGCGCUAGCUGUGGAAUGGGAAUGAAAAAGCGACAUAGAAUGAUUAAGAUGACUCCAGCUGAUGGAUCCAUGUGCAAUACGGAAACUACCGAGGUGGAGAAAUGCAUGAUGCCAGAAUGCCAUACCAUUCCCUGUAUGCUCUCCCCUUGGUCUGAAUGGAGUGACUGCAGUGUCACUUGUGGGAAGGGAAUGAGGACCCGGCAAAGGAUGCUGAAAUCUGCAGCUGAGCUUGGAGACUGUAAUGAGGAGCUGGAGCAAGUGGAGAAGUGCAUGCUUCCAGAGUGCCCCAUUGACUGUGAAUUAACUGAGUGGUCCAAGUGGUCUGAAUGCAAUAAAUCCUGUGGAAAAGGUCAUAUGAUCAGGACAAGAAUGAUUAAAAUGGAACCACAGUUUGGAGGAGCUCCAUGCCCAGAAACUGUCCAACGUAAAAAAUGUCGAAUAAGAAAAUGUUUGAGAGGUCCAGGUCUAGAGAAAAGGCGGUGGAAAGAAGCCCGUGAGAAAAGGAGAAGUGAACAUGCCAAGGAAGAUGUAGAUGGUGAACUGUAUCCAGGUUGUAAGAUGAGACCAUGGACUGCUUGGUCAGAAUGUACCAAGCUGUGUGGCGGUGGAAUUCAGGAACGCUUCAUGACAGUAAAGAAGAGGUUCAAAAGCACUCAGUUUACCAGCUGCAAAGACAAGAAGGAGAUAAGAGCAUGUAAUGUUCACCCUUGUUAGCAAAACCCGAGGCUGCAAAGUGAUGGAGUCUGAGCUAAAUGGAAAGUCAACCAUGGUUUGAUUUUUAAAAAUAUAUAUAUAUAAAUGCAGCAAAGAGUCUUGUGGCACCUUAUAGACUAACAGACGUU